AUGUGGGCACUGCACGGAAUUGCUAGGUACUACUGGCCGCUGUUGGUUCUGAGCAUGUACAUUGUUCCGAUCUGGAUAUUUCAUAGCGUCUUUGGCUCGUUGGGGGCGUGCGAGUUGGUCUGCGUCAACUACGCCAUGUACAUCUCCACCCUCCACAUCACAUGGCUCGUCAACUCUGCGGCACACCUCUGGGGAUCAAAAUCGUACGACAAGGGUAUUUACGCCUCCGAGAACGGUCUCGUCGCCCUUCUGGCCGUGGGGGAGGGAUGGCAUAACUACAACCACGUGUAUCCUCAAGAUUACAAGGCGGCCGAGUUGGGUGCAUACGGACGCAACUGGUCGGCCCUCUUCAUCGACACGUUUGCAGCGCUGGGGAUGGCGUACGACCUCAAAACCGUGGCACCCCACGUCGUCAGACAAAAAACGUGCUCAAAAUUUGCAUAA